UCCCCCUGCGCGGCACCCGGGGACGCGAAAGCUGAGGGAUUCCCAGGAAAAGUGCGUGCUGUUGGGGCAGCUGAUGAAGAAAGGACGCUGUGCCCCGAAGCCUCUGAGCUGAAGUGGGCUAGAGAGGGGCGGGCAUGGGCUCCGAACUACCCGCACUUUGGCUGCUGCUCUUCACCUGGCUCCCUGCAGGGUGCCUGUCCUUGCUAGUGACGGUCCAGCACACAGAGCGCUAUGUCACCCUGUUUGCCUCUGUCGUCCUCAAAUGUGACUAUACCACCUCUGCCCAGCUCCAGGAUGUGGUGGUGACCUGGCGCUUCAAGUCCUUCUGCAAAGACCCUAUCUUUGACUACUACUCUGCAUCAUACCAGGCAGCUUUAUCCCUGGGCCAGGACCCAUCCAAUGACUGCAAUGACAACCAGCGGGAAGUUCGCAUCGUGGCCCAGCGGCGGGGACAGAACGAGCCAGUGCUGGGGGUGGAUUAUCGGCAGCGCAAGAUCACCAUCCAGAACCGAGCAGAUCUUGUGAUUAAUGAAGUGAUGUGGUGGGACCAUGGAGUGUAUUAUUGCACCAUUGAGGCUCCAGGGGACACCUCAGGAGACCCAGAUAAGGAGGUGAAACUCAUCGUCCUGCACUGGCUCACGGUGAUCUUCAUCAUUCUGGGAGCCCUCCUCCUCCUCCUGCUGAUUGGUGUGUGCUGGUGUCAGUGCUGCCCUCAGUAUUGCUGCUGCCAUCUCCGUUGCCCCUGCUGUCCCACCCGCUGCUGCUGCCCUGAGGAAGCCCUGGCCCGCCACCGCUACAUGAAGCAGGCUCGGGCCCUAGGUUCUCAGAUGAUGGAAAAACCCCUGUACUGGGGGGCGGACAGGAGCUCCCAGGUUUCAUCUUAUGCAUUGAACCCGCUGCUGCAGCGAGAUUUGUCCCUGAGAUCCAGUCUCCCACAGAUGCCAGUGACUCAGACCACUACUCACCCUCCCAUCACCAAUGGUGUCCUGGAGUAUUUGGAGAAAGAGCUACGGAACCUCAACCCAGCCCAGCCUCUGCCCCCUGACCUCAAAACCAGAUUGGGCCAUCCCUGCAGCAUGCUGUCCUCCCUGGGCUCUGAGGUUGUGGAACGCAGAAUAAUCCACCUGCCCCCACUGAUCAGAGACCUGCCAUUCUCAAGGAGGACCAGCAACUCCUCACACCAGCAAUGGCUCACCUCAGAUCCCUCCAGACCCUGGGAUCUGAGGGAGGAGAGAAGGCAGCACCAUCACUCUGAUUUCCAGCAGGAGUUCCAGGAUCGUGGACCAAAGCCCUGGGCAUUGGAGAGAAGAGCAUGGGACCAUCCAAGGAGUGGAAGGCACCACAGCUCCAGGCUCAAUGGGUCACCCCUAGCCUGGUCAGACAGGGACAGCCUCAGUGAUGGCCCCUCAUCCAGUGAGCCUCAGUGGCAUCCCAGCCAUCCCCCUCUCAGGAGCCACUAUCAGCAGAGGCGCAGUAGGCCCAGUCCCCGGGAAAGCUCCCAGAGGCAUAGUAGAUGCCGGCCCCGGAGCUACUCCCCUCCCCUGCCCUCAGGCCUCAGUUCUUGGAGCUCAGAGGAUGAGAAGGAGAGGCACCCCCAGAGCUGGAGGACCCAUCGCCGCCGUUCGCACUCCCCGAACUGGCCGGAGGAGAAGCCGCCCAGCUACCGCUCACUGGAUGUCAUUCCAGGCAAGAAUGGCAGGAAAAAAGGGAGUGUGGAGAGGCGCUCGGAGAGAGAGAGCUCCCAUAGUGGAAGGAGUGUGGUCAUUUAGUCACCAGGCACAGCACAGCAUCUAUGACUACUUCUCAGCAACCACGUAUCAUCAGCAUCACCUAGAUUUCCAGCUGACCUAGAAGGCACCUGCAAGUCUAUAUCUAAGUUUUCCUUUAGAUUCUAAGAAUCAAGUAGAAAAAUUUUUAAAACAGGAAUUUAAGGAGUUAAUGACUGUCAUUUUAGCUUCAGUUUGUAUAUUUUGCAUAUUUAUAUAGUCUCUGACUAAUAAUAGACCCUAACUGAGAUGUAAUCCCUCAGGAACUUAAGCAGCCUGAGUCUUUAAAGGAGGCUACACUGCUCAGGACUAUGGCCAUUUUCAAAGUGAGAACUUGGGAAUCUUUAAGAAGAAAUAAAACAUGUUGAAAAUCUAUGGAAUGUUAUAGGAAAUUCCCAUGGGAACUUGUCUCCCUUAUGCAUAUCUUUAAGAAUCCCUCCAUGUUUGGAGUUUAUCCUGCUGCCCCCAUGCUCAGUCCUGAGCACUCCUGUGGUUCCAGCAAGAGAUGGCACAGGAAAUACUGCAUCCUUGUAUCCUCUUUAUCCUCUUACUGGCUAUUUAUUGUAAGUGUAGAAACUCAGACUCAGAAGUUUUACACCAGCCUUAGAGUGCCUUGUUUUCUUCUUACUCUUAAUUUAUAUUUUCAUUUAAAAUCACUUUAAAUGCUUCUUGGGAACAACACAGUAUAUGAAAAAUAAGAAAUAAAGUGUUCUGGGCUGAGG